CGUGUUCCGUAAACUUUUGUCGGGACCUGUACGUUCAACAACCUGUUUUAAACAUUGUUUUAAAGCAACCUGUUUUAAUGCAUUAAAAGUGAAGAUUUUGUAAACAUGCACGACACAGUUGCUCUGCACCUCCGUUCUCAUCAAACAAGUAGCUCAAGGUAAAAGUCGGACGCACAAUCGUGCCGUAAAGGUUGCGGCAAAGUCGGAAGUAGUUGGCGCCUUCAGUAACCUAGCUACUGUAGUUAACUACUUAAAAUGGUAGUUUAACUAGUAGUUGCCACUACAUUUCUGCAAGUAGUUGAUAACUGCUUUUUAACUACAAUCAGGUAGUUUAACUAGUAGUUUAACUACAUGUAGUUAACUACUGGCCAUCACUGCGUUGAAGCUUACCGAUGACCAAAACCGAAAUGUACCAAGGAAACAUGCCAUGUGGGAAAAGAUCGCUCUUGAAAUAGAAAAGAGACACCCGGAUGUCGAAGCAACGGUAGAUGUGUACUUCAAAACACUUUUUGGGUCCCCAUAUUCACGGCGCAGUCGUUGUAUCAGUUGCUGUUAAUUAAUAAAAACGAGUUGGCAGCAUUCGCGUUCCAAACCAAAAGGUAUCGGCUCAGGACGCUAGCAGUUUGGUUUAAAAACGACAAAUGUGUGAGCAGUAUCGCACGCCGGGUAAGACAAAGAGGGGCAAAAUUUUAUCCCCAAGCCGGCCACUGUGGGGUCACGUAUGUUCAUAGUUGUCUGGCAUCAUAAAUUAACCUCCCUUCUGCAGAAAGAGGACAAGGUUUCUUGCUUUAGCGGAACGUGCGGCAAAGGGACCACCACAGACACACACACAAUUGACACAAAAAGGUGUACGCUCCACUCUGUCCUCCAAUCAGAAGUGAGAGCCCUAUCAUUCACGGCAAUGAUUGGCGCAGAACCUGCUAUGCGGUGAAGCUGUUUUUACUGUGUUCGAAAGGUGUGACCUUUACGCCACAGCAGUCUCUGCUUUGCACCACACUCAACACCGUCAGACUGCUGCGGAGUCACGGUAAAAAACGACGACAGCUUUCACAGUACUCUCUCCUUCACUCUUUCCCGCUCACUCUUAUUUACGAACGUUUUAUGCAUUUAGAGGCAUGUUUAAGCGCACAUAAUUCGAACGAACCUGUUGCAGGCGGGUUACGGAAAGACGAUCACUGGCUAGUAUAUUGUCCCGCAUAUUGGCCUCUAUACGCUCCUUCUGCGCUUUGCUAUGCGGAGCAGAAUGUACUUAAAAGUGGCCGCAUCCAUUCUCAAAACCUUGCGGUAGACAAAUGGGUCCUCGUGUCGUAGCUCUCGUAGAAGGCAAUUUUGCAGACCGUACUCUUUCCUCAGCACCCAUUCAUUCGUCCAUAGCUUCUUUAACCGCUUCUUUUCGUGGCAGCAUUCACUAUCGUCAAUGAGAAAAGCAAGAGCCACAAAUUUUCGCUUUGUUUCGUCCAUUGUGUACCAAGCGCCGUGCAUAUAAAAUUAAUGCUGCAACGUUCAACCGCGGCGCGAACGUUAUCCCCGGCUUCCCCAGCAUCUGAGCCGACAGCACAUUGUAACACUAUCUGUGUAGGCGUUCCAAAAGGGCGUAGCCUCAGCGCCGUAUUAUUUACCCCUCUCGCUCCUUCAGUCGCUGCGCCGUCAGAAAACACGCUCGUGUGAAUACACGGUAGUCGUCGCCUGUCUAAUCCGCGGGCCGGCUGUGCCGUCUGGGGUUUUUCCUGGGUUUCCCUCAGAUGUGUAAUAGGCGUAUGCCGGCACAGAUCCCCUGAAGUCGGCCCAUGGACGCAGCUAUCCUCCCCCCGAGCGGAUUCCGCUCGGUCUUCCACUUCACCCUUUCCUCUCCUCCUCUCCACCACCUUUCCCUUCCCGAGAAACAUGCCACCUAAUCAGGCAGGCGUGCAGACCUCUCGGGUUCCUCCCAACGACACUCCUCCUCCUCCUCCUCCUCCGUCGCCUGUCUUGUUAAGCGUAACAUGGUUUUCUUGCCGUCCCCUUUUUCAAAAGCGCGUCAACAUACACACGGAACCGCGCCAUGGCCAUGACCAGCAAAGUCGCAAUAUGUAAGAGGAAGAAAUGAAAGCCGACAUGAAAAUCUGAUGUUGAAACAUGCAGCAGUUGAUGACGGUGGAUACGAAAAGCGCCGCCCUUGCCCUACGCCUUCGUAUGGUAUGACGAAUGCCGAGGCGGUCUUUCCAUUUCUGGUUUCGCCAUCUGUAUUUGCUGCUGCAGACGUAAAAACUUCUCGUCUACCAGAUCAUAAAAUGGGCCUGAAGGACUUGAUGGAGAACCUAGUCUCGUUGUUCCGGAAGAUUCUGAAGGAAGCUUACGAAGGUGGGUGGUACCGGCUGAGUGCAGGGGCAUCCGGAGGUGUUAGAUCCUUAGCUACGAAGCGGGUGAAACUCUGGUGUGUCCUCUGCGCUACUCGAUAGCUCCUACCGGAUCCUCAGGAGAAUUCGAUACCGCCCUGACAGCGACUUAGAUUGCUUGCACCAAACGAAGUUUGCGGAUUUCAUGUCUCAGCAACCCUGAGGCGACUUGCGCCAUCAAUUGAGGAUGCGAGCAACAUGAGUACGCGAUGAGGCUAGUCAUCUGGCGGAACACGAUGGCCAGCUCAAAUGUGGCUUCGCAGAGUUGUGUGCCGCGCCGCCAAUUGACCCAGCGAACAUUGACGCCUUCGCCUGCAUGUUCAUAUUUGGUACGUUCGUAACGGUUAUGAAUAACCUAGCUUCCCCACCUUGAUUGACUCCUUCCUCCUCCCUCCGGUGUGCACGUGCUUGGGGGAGAGGGAAGACUGCCGUGCUUGCAUAGCAAAUCCGUAAUUUAGAUGGCUGAAGCAAAAAGUGGUUAAACAUACUGGUUCACCUUCUACAGUGUUCACAUCGAAGCUACAAGAAAGAGACCUUGUUCGAGUACCUCUUUCGCGUCCCGAGCGUCAAAUUUCUUUUCUGUGGAUGUAUGAUGAUACCAACCAGUUCGCUGCUUUCUAAGCACUCUGUCACUAAUGGGUAGUUCCGCACCUAGCGAAGGAAGAAACUGAAAACUGAAGUGUUAUUCGAAAAGUGCGGCAGUAGUGAGCAUGCCGACGACCUGGACUGAACGCAGCCGCCGCCGCCGGAAAAUAGACACAACGCCGCUGCCGACAAAAGCUGGAUCGGCGUACCUCUUGCCCUCCAGCGCUUUGCCGUCGAAGCUCGAAGGUGCAGGAUAGGUGCGUUCCGGAGGCGUAUUUCCAAACCCGAUCCUCCUCCACCUCCUCCUCCUCGGCCGCCUCCUCUAGUUAGCGCGCUGCGGCGAUGUAUAGGUGGUUUGCAACUUCCUGUCAAGAUGAUGUAGGGGAAGUUGCGAUGUCACGUGGGUUUACGCUUCUGGUCCGAAGUUCUGCUGAAUUGUCAUUGCGUUAGCAGGUUUUUGACUUUCUUGAGGCGAAAAUGGGCGGAUGUUCAGCACUUAACUGUACUUAUUCGGCGGAAAAAGGUCAUAAAAUGUAUCGUGUACCCUGGGACCCUGUGCGGAAGAUGCAGUGGGCUGUCGCAAUUCGCCGCAAGAAGAAGAAUAUGGCGACUUGUGGAUACCGGGCGUCGGGGCUCGGAUAUGUUUCGCGCACUUCGUUGAAGGUAAUAAAAUUUGUUAUGGUUGCUUUACAGUGUCUGUUUAGUCUGAUGUACGUGUCUGUACAGGGUCCAAGAGCGACGAUCCAAAUCAUGUAGACUACCUGCCGUCCAUUUUCGAGUAUGACGAUGCAAGCCCCGCACGUUCAUACCGCAGGAUCCAGAGUCACUGGCGCCACGUCGCUGUUCAGAAGAAGCGUGCGACGGCGAGGGAACACGAAAACAAAGCCCCUUGAAUACACUGCGAACGAAAACCUGCCAUCCACAUUGGUUGUGUCGGAGGCUCAGGACUGCGGUGACUACAAUGACUAUUUUGACUAUCAACUAAGCCCUACAACAUUGAAUAGCGGAACAGUGGAUGCAGGACUCACAAAGACAACAUUUCUAGCACUGCUGGCAGUUGUUGCAGCUGUUGUGCCAUGGAAGCGUAAGAAUCUGCCUUGUGAAAGCCAACUUCUGCUACUGUUGAUGCGGCUGAGACUUGGGCUACAAGUUACAGACCUAGCCUACAGGUUCAACGUCUCCAUUGGUACUGCAAGCCGCAUCUUCAAACUCUGGCUGGGACCAGUGGCAUCUGUGUGCCGCACGCUCAUUGUGUUCCCCAAACCGGACGUUGCUAGAAGCUGGCUGACAGACAGGGAGAGUUCCCAUUUCCCAAAUUUGAAGGGAAUAAUUGACUGCAGUGAGGUACCCGUUUCCAGGCCUUACAACUUGUCCACGCAGCUACAAGUGUGGAGUAACUACAAACAAGACUCAACACUCAAGUUUUUGGUUUGUGUAAAUCCACACGGGUGUAUUACCUUCAUCUCCAAAGCAUUUGGUGGAAGGAUAUCUGAUAAAGAAAUCACAGUAGAAAGUGGCUUUCUGGAAUUGCUCCUGCCAGGGGACCAAAUUUUGGCUGACAGGGGGUUCCUGUUGCAUCAAGAAUUCUUCCAUCGCAACGUGCAACUCAUCACGCCUGCAUUUACAAAAGGAAGGACGCAGCUUCUUCCAAGCGAGGUGGAAAGUUCCAGAAGGAUUUCGUCCUCACGCAUCAUUGUAGAAAGGACCGUCGGACACCUUAAGAAAUGGAAGGUGCUCUCAAACACUGUUUCAUAUACGGUGGUGAAACACUUCGACGACAUCCUUACCAUAAUCGCAGGACUGACGAACACUGCUCCUUCUCUCCUACGUGAAUACGGGGUGCCAGCCACUGACGCGGAAUGUCCGUAGGCACUGGUGUCUCCACCUUCUCCUUGUUCCACGCCUCAAGCACGAAACAUACUGCGGCUGCAUGACUGCCGCAUACUCCGAGCCUUUGUAAAAAUAUAAUCGUCAAGCGAAAUCGAGCUACGGGGUGUAGGCACUUCUUACCAGUUCCUGUGCAAUGUACUUACUGUGUGGAAUUGUGCGUGGCUGUGAUAACAUUAUAAACUCAAAAUAUAAAAACACCACUAAAGUCACGUCUCAAACUGAAAUAGAACGACUACAUGUAACAAAGCAAGUGUUUUGGCUGGUUGGUGCAUAUUUAAUUUAAAAAAAGGUCAAAUUAUUCGUCCUUGUCCUACCCAGCACUGUUUUUUUUUUUCAUUUUUAAGUUAAACGACUACAUGUGUAUGGUCCUCAGAGUGUGGAGGAUUGCUGUGUAAAAUAUUGCCUGUAUGCACAUGUGCAUUCAUGUGACGACUUAAUUAUUGAGGUUUUCCCACACGUGGAAAUACCCUUAGGUGGGCAAAAGCAAUCCAUCAGCCCAGUAUAGUCCCACUUCUGAUCAGUUCUUUUGCAAUGUAAAGCCCUGAAUUAUAAUAUCCAUGUUUGCUACUCAUGAAAUACCAUGUAUAAAGUCACUGUAUAGUGCUCAUGGCAACUGUUAAAUUUGUUACAAAAAAUAUGAAUACACAAAUGCAAAAGUACAUAUAUUGUAUAACUACAUUUUCUUAAUGGGAAUAAAUUCUUAUCCAUAUUCUUUCCUACGGAGAACACAAACAACAUAAUAAAGGAUGACUGCAGGGGGUCUGUUGCUUCCAGGCCACGUAGCCAUUCUUUAGAGGCGUUUUGAAAGCUGGGUAACGCAGGCAGCUGUUGUAGCCCUCCAGUAACUGCACAAUACACAAGACGUCCAGACUUAUUUAAUGUUGUGACAAGUUCACUUUGCUGUGACCACAUAAGGGAAGUACCUACCCUGCCAUGCAUGUACAGGUGGCAUCCCUUAGUUUGCCACAUGUUUCAAUCGCCACCCAGCACACAUAGGGUGCUGAUGACCUUUGGCAGGGGCUUACGAUUCCUUUCAGUAUGAUGUACCCUGGCUCUGGCACAGACACCAGUAUGCUGUGCACUUCCCCUGUUUGUAGAGUGAACACAAAGUAUGAAACAGUGAAAACAAUAAACUGACAAAGAAAUACCAGAGUCGCUUACCCGACGUAACAUAUAAAAACGCAUUCAAUGACUUAUACGCCUUCACUGCUUCGCCGUCAAAUCCGGGUCUCCCUACAAAAUAAUCGCAGAUGUUGUCGUAUGUGACACCUUGCCACAGCUCUUGGCAUUCCCAGUAAUUUCUUUUUUCGUAGUGGUAAGUUUCCAGAAGCUUUCCACUGAAACAUCAAAUUAACCGCGUUUUAAUGUAGCGGAACAUUUCGCACUUCAGGUCAGUAAAGAUCGCGACUUCAAAGCGCGCGCCAAACGGAACCGAAACAUGCACCAACUGUGUCGAAAUCUAAACUUUUCCGAAAGCAAAGUGUCGGCAAGGUAUCUACGUAAGUAACUUACCUGUUUGGGGGACAGGCGUUCCCAGGCGUACUCAUUUUGAUUAUCGUUUAAGUUCACAGACUUUUCCUUUGCUCCCAUUCAGUAAAACAAAAAUUUCGGACCGGAAGUUCGAACUCCCAGCAUGCGUAGCGCCACCUCUCCACUUGAAAACCACCCAUUGCGUAUUGCGGCGGUGGCAGAAGAGCCCUGUAAUGUCAUGACGGCCGCUACAUGUAUUUGUGUUCGGAGCGUGUUACCGGAAGGCUGAUGAGUGAAAAGUAAACGCUAGGGCUAGUAAAUGUUUAGGUGUCUUUGGAUGACGAUACGCAAUGUCCUGUAGAGGACACGGUUGUCGAAAAUUAGCACUCCGUGGUUUAUCUCUUGUCAAAUCUCCAGGUGUCGCAAGACUAUUUCUGUCGAGUCAUAAACUCGUUGAGCACAUAGUCCAGCUCCAAAUACGAUACUAGCACCACACUUUCCAGCGCAACCAAGGUAAUAUGGGAGGGACAGCGAAGCACUGACAGGCAUUUUUUGAGCUUGUUCUUCAAACAUUUAUGCGCUUUGCUUUCUGAGAACGUGAGACAACGGAUAGUCAACGUUUUCAGUGAAAGCGACGUCGUGCUGCUGCUUUGUGUCUUCGGUUUGCGACGGCAUGAAUACACUGUUUUCGAAGAAUAAAAUGCAAACAACAACAACAACAACAAAAAAAAAACGAAUAUAGCCUAAAGCUUUGUGGUGUAAGUAGGCACCUUCGAUGGAGUGUAGCAGUAAGAACAAUACAGCAAGAGAAAUAACGCUUGCCAGUCGCGUCGUAACGUCCUUUACUAUGAUUCUUCAUAGCGACCACAAUGUGUGCGGGGCUGUUUACGAGGAACGUUAGAAUUCAAUUAUUAAAGAAAUAAACCGUCAUCUAAUUAUGAUGUGGUCAUGGCGUGUCUGUAAAACGAGCAAGACAUAGUACAUGUAGUAAAGUCUGUACGUAGUGACGUAAACACAACAAUUUAGU